GAAACCGAAAGCUGACAUUCGUGUUCUCUAUUCCAUUCGUGCAUUUCAUUCCACUUCUUAUCCUCAUUUCUACACACAUUCUCCCGAGCUCACAGCUUGAUUCUGCACCAUGGCCCAGGAUCAGGAGAAGAAAACCAUGGACUGUUUUAGAAACAGACUGAGACGGUUAAUUCGGGUCGGUCCUGUUCUGGACAUGAUACACUUCUUAAACGAAGAGCAAAAGGAGCGGAUUAAAGCCAAACUACGGAAUGAAGGUGACAUUAUGGCAGCUGAUCUUCUCCUAGAGGAAAUUAUAAGCAAACAGUAUCCAGAAGGCUGGUUCAGGGAACUCUUAACUGCACUUGAAACGGUGGGGUGUAAACAAGCAGCUAACUAUAUGGAGAACAAUCCUCCCAGUCCGAGCUUAGAGGCUGAGAAUGACAACUACGUCAGGCUGAUAAACCUGCUAAAUCUCACUCUAAUUAAAAUGAAGACCCGUGAUGUGUGUGACUGCUGUUAUGCGCAGAAUAUUCUGACAGACGAUGACCGUGAAACUAUUUUAGCAGUGACAGAGCAGCAGGGAAACAUGGCCGGGGCCCGUGUGCUGUUAUCUCGGCUGACAAAGAAUGAGUUUGGCUGGUUCUCUCAGUUCCUGGAUGCUUUAGAGAAGACAGAACACAUCUGGCUGGUGAAGGAAUUACGGGGAGACCCUGAUGAGCCCAGAAAAUCAUCAGAUGAUGCUGACUUAAAACAGUCUCUAAAGGAUGAGAAUGAAUUAGCUACACAGACUGACCCAACGUUGGGGGACAUGAUUUUGGAUAGCACUUCUACUAGAUCUCUCUCUCCCACACCCAAUUUGGCCUCGGGCUCCUCUGAUCAGGCUGCGGGUCUUGACAGCAGUUUGUGUCUGGACUCAUCUGCUGAGCUUAGCACUGGAGGCACAGAUUUGGACCUGUACAAAAGUGAUGAGGAAACAGAGAGUUUGGAUCAAUCAGUGAAUGAGAAUGAGAUUGUGCUACGUGAUUACCAGGCGGAUGUCGCUAAGCCAGCUCUGGAGGGAAAGAACAUCAUCGUCUGUCUCCCGACAGGAAGUGGUAAAACCCGAGUCGCAGUAUACAUCACUAAACAGCAUCUGGAGAGCAGAAAGCCAAAAGGAGAGCCAGCAAAAGUUGUUGUUCUGGUUAACAAGGUGCCACUGGUGGAGCAGCACUACAAAGCAGAGUUUGGCAAGUUUCUGAAGCACGAGUACUCUGUAGAGAGAGUGAGUGGGGACUCGCAGCUCAAAAUCUCCUUCCCCCAAGUUGUUGAGAAGAAUGACAUCAUCAUCUGCACUGCCCAAAUCCUGGAAAACUUUUUAGCUAAACCCAAACAGGGUGACGAGGACGGGAUCACAUUAUCACAAUUUACUUUGAUGGUAAUCGACGAGUGCCACCACACAAAAAAGGGUGAGGCGUAUAACAACAUCAUGAUCCGCUACCUGAAACAGAAGCACAAGAAUCAUAAGCUGCAAAAGCAACAGAAAGAUCUAGUGCCACUUCCGCAGAUCCUCGGCCUCACCGCUUCACCCGGAGUGGGAGGAGCCAAGACUCAACAGAAUGCUGAGGAACACAUUCUCAGAAUUUGUGCUAACUUGGACGCCUAUACAAUAAAGACCAAACCUCUCGGAGAAGAACCCAAGGCCCCAUACAAACGAAUCGCGAGUGCUCAGGAAAGAAAAGAGGAUCCCUUUGGAGAUGUGAUAAAAGGAAUCAUGAAUGAGAUUCACACACAUGCCCAAUUGAACCCACUGUGCCAGCCAGGCACACAGAAUUAUGAGCAGUGGGUGGUGCAAACAGAGCAGAAUGCUGCUAAAGUAGGCAAUCAGACAGUGCGGGUUUGUGCGGAGCAUCUGCGCCAGUACAACGAGGCUCUCUACCAGAGCAACACCAUCCGUAUGUGUGAUGCUUUCAGCUUCCUUAACAAAUACUACAGUGAAGAGCUCAAGAAGAAAGUUUCCCCUGAUGAUGAUGACACCAUUCAGAUCACUGACACUGAACGAUUUCUAUUCAUGUUAUUUAAAGCUAAAAAAGACCGUCUUCAGGAGCUGAUGAAAAACCCACAGUAUGAGAAUAACACUCUUGCGCAGCUGAGGACACUAAUUUUGCAGGAGUACACCACCAGAACUGAGGCCAGAGGCAUUAUCUUCACAAAGACUCGCCUCAGUGCCAUUGCUCUCAGCCAGUGGAUUCAGGAGAACUCAAAGUUUGCGGAUGUUGGCGUCAGAGCAAGCCACCUGAUUGGAGGUGGAGAUCAGAGUGUGGUGAAACCAAUGACCACAGCAGAACAGAGGGAAGUGCUGACGAAGUUUCGCGAAGGAGAAAUCAAUAUGCUGAUAGCCACCACUGUGGCAGAAGAGGGCCUUGAUAUUAAGGAGUGUAACUUUGUCUUUCGGUACUGUUUGGUGACCAAUGAAAUCGCUAUGAUUCAGGCUCGAGGCAGAGGGAGAGCAGAAGACAGCAGUUACACAGUGGUGGAGGAGGCAGGAUCGGGUGUGGCAGAAAGGGAAAGUGUGAAUGAAUACAGGGAAAAAAUGAUGAACAAAGCAAUCACCAGGGUGUGCAAUCUGAGCCGUGAAGAGUAUGAAAAGAAAAUAACAGAGUACCAGCUGCAGACAAUCGUGGAGGAGAUUGUGAAGGUGAAGAAGAAGGACAAAAAGGGAAUGAUGAAGGAGGACCCCAGCAAAGUGAAGUUAACCUGCCGGGGCUGUGAGGUGUCUGUGUGCUCUGGAGAAGAUAUUGAAAUCAUUGAGAGGAUGCACCAUGUCAUUGUGACCGAAGCAUUUAGAGAGCUGUUCAAUGUCAGAGAGAACACUGCUCUGCAGGAGAGACUUCUGGACUAUGAGGCAAAUGAAGUUAUAACCUGUAAAAACUGUGGGCAGCGUUGGGGUUCCAUAAUGCUUUAUAAAAGCAUUGAAUGUCCAUGCCUUAACAUCAAAAACUUUGUGGUGACAUACGGCUCAAAGACAAAGGUGUUCAGCAAGUGGAAUGAGCUGGCCAUCAGGUUCCCUGCUUUUGACUACGCUCACUAUGUCAUGACACACAACUCAUUCAACGACUCAGAGACUGACUAAUUCAGCAAAUAGUAGUAAUUCAUACUAACUACUAACUCAUUCAACUAGUUGUGAACACAUUGUGGCAAUGAAAUAAUGAUGCAUUAAGUCAUUAUAAAUAUAUGAGAUGUAUUGUUAUUGUCCCAUUCUCACACAUCAACACUGGCAUGUAGAUAUAUAAUAUGAUAAAAAAUAAUAAAAGAUUUCAAUAUUUCA